CUGUGUCGGUGCGUUUAGGGCCGGUUUGUACAGUAGAAACGCGUCCUGGCUUGUUGCUGCUGCAGCUCCUGGUCUACUGAUCGAGUGCUCCCUGCCCCACAGCCUGUAUCUGAUCGUCAUACAGAGGUUUCCCCCCCUGCUGCAUGCGUAACAUCUCUCCAAGUCCAGCCGUGGUGCUCACCAAGACCUCGCCGCUUGGAUCUCAUCUUCCUACACGGAUUACGCACGACUCACACUGAGCGAACCGCUGAGGCGAAAUUAAAACGCCAGGAUUCACCUCCUCGGGUUCAGUCCAGACCGAAACGAGGCUGGGAUUUCCUCUUAUCAUUUCAUAUUUGACAGAUCCUCUUUGUGUGUGCGCGUGUGUGUGUGUGUGUGUGUGUGUGAGAGUGUGUGUGUGUGUGUGUGUGUGUGUGUGUGUGUUGGGUGGAGUCAACCCGGAAUUUCUCCAAAUUGGAAAACCAUUGGCACAUUUCAGGAGCACCAUGAAGGACGGUAUUGCCAACAACAGCACGGCCAGCAUCUCCCACGCCAGGAAAGCUGUGGAGCAGCUGAAGAUGGAGGCCUGCAUGGAUAGGAUAAAGGUCUCCAAAGCGGCAGCAGACCUGAUGGCGUACUGCGACGCCCACAUACGCGAUGACCCCCUCAUCAUGCCCGUCCCCGCCUCCGAGAACCCUUUCCGGGAGAAGAAGUUCUUCUGCUCCAUCCUCUGAUGACCUGCUAGUAGAGCUGUACGGUUGCAGGCACGGCGUCGCCUGUCUUCUCUGUCUUCACCACACCUGAAGCUACUGGCCAUAGGCGUUGAGUUGAGUUUUGCCAGGUGGACACUCUGUUGUUGAUCAGCUUUGUCCUGGUGGCUGAAGGUUUUGGGGGAGUCAGCUACCAAACUGGCAACCCAGUGAGCGUAUCAUGUCUUGUUAAAUAGGUUUGUUAUUGCUUUGUUAUUAGAGAACAGCCUUGCUCAGUGCUUAAUAAGAUGAGAGAUGUUUUUUUUCUUUUCUUUUUUCUUUUGUUGUGCUAGAUCUUAACAUGCUUCAGGAAACAUAAAUUUACCCAGUGUUUUUUUAAUUUUAUUUCCCUUCCAUUUAUCUGAAUAAAAACAUUAAUCUUUAUAUUAUCUUGAACAUAAUUUGAGUUAUUACUUUCAGUGCACAGGUUUAACUAUUUGUAAGAACACUUACUGAUAGUACGACUGAAAUUUGACAAUUCCCUCUUUUAAUUUGCCUCCAGAGUCAUAAACAAUUUACCCGCUCGUAUUAGUGCUGCAGUACAGUCACAUUAGAGCCCAGAAACAGAAUCCUUAUCUCGCGUAGUAAAUUAUUUCAGUUUGUGGCAACUGCUCUGGUAAUAAGAAGGAGGUGUCUGCACAUCAGUUCUGCUGCAAAUAAAUAAAUAGACUCUAUUUAUUGAAAGUUGCCGAGCUAAUGUUUUACCAGCGAGAUGAGUCCUUCAGGGUUAUCACUGUGCAAGCAACCCUUAGGUCAAAAAUUAUUUAUGAAUCUGCCACUACCAUCCCAGACCCGCGCUAAUGCAUUCUAUCUUUGCUGCACUGUUUGAUUUACUCUUCAUAUACUUCAUCCACUUCUAAUUAGAGACAAUAUCCAGUUAAUCCUGCGGCCCACGACUGGAAUAUUUUUACAAGUCACAGGACAUCUUUUCCUUUUAUUUCCUUAACCGCCUCAUUUGUUUUCUGGGCAUGUUUCCUGAGCCUCAUUCUUUUUGCCUGUCCUAGAGUGAAUGGCAAGGCCUUUGACAUUAAUGCCAAAACCAGAGGCCUGCAUGUUUCUCCGCUCCUUUUUGACAGCCUCCUCUGUUUCCGAGGGACCGUCCGUCUUUUAGAGUGUACAGUAUGUUACAGUGCCAAUUUCUGUGAGAGCGGUGUGAUCUUCACACUACGUGCUCCCGCAGCCUUCUUUCCGUUUGGUUUAUUUUUGGAAGAAAAAGCACACUGUCGAAACAUUUCCUUUACAAGGUAGUCCAAUAGCAUUUGCUAAUUUUUACGAUGAAUUGUUAUGAUCGUUAUUAAUAUUGUUAUUAUUAUCAGUAGUAUUAUUGAAUAUUUGUUGCACAGCACUGACAGCUACAUGACGUGUAGUGCUACUAAGCUUGUAUGAUACUUAGGAGAAAAAAAACAACAUUUAUAAAUCAUGCAACUAUUGAUACUAUCUGAGUAUUUUUAAAAAAUAAUGGUAAGGGUCGGUUUACAUAUUAUGAUCCCUUUCGGUGGUUCAGGCUUUUUGCAUCAUCGUUUCUGUAAAAAAGAAAUUUCCUCUUGGUACUUGAACAGCCAUCGCAUUAGGAAUCAAACUGGACUUUCACAAACUAUUGGACUCAAAUUGUUUUCAGGAUAAUUAUUGUAUUUCCUAAAUAAAAAAAAACUGAGACUGACCUCAGGGCGCUCCCACUGACCUCAUCUUAAGGAUGGUGCCAAAUCUGAAACAAGAAAUAUAACGUCUAGAGAUGAAUAUUGCAUGGAUUUAUUUCUAUCUAUGACAGAGAGAACUAUUAUGAUAUGAAAUAUUGCCUCUUCGUUGACUUUCUGGGUGCUACUCUGCACAUAAUAAUCUCAUUGGAGUCCGGAUAUGUCGACAAUGUGCAGCUGUAUUCAUGAAUGGUAUUAUCGUUUUGGUUAAAAAAAAAUAGCAUUUAAAUAGCAGGCUUUGUAAAUCCUUUGAUGGAUCAAAUGAAUUAAAGGAAAACGGCAACCCCAA